AUGGCGUUCUGGAGAAACAUCUAUGCCUAUGUCAUAUCCUUACUGUCAGUAUUGUGGUUCACUUAUAAUUGGGUAUUAUCGCUUUUCAACAAUGGAAGGAGAAGCAUUCAAAAUAACACCAAUAGAGAAUUGGAAGGUGUCAAAUCAUCAGUGACAGUGAAUACCAGGAAAUUCAAAGUAUACAUUUACAAAGAAGAGCGUGAGAAAAUAGAAAAUUGGGUACUCCAGAAAGACCGUAUUGAAACCGGCGGUGAUUUAUUUGGGUUAUGGCUAGACCAGCAUAAUGUUGUAGUCCAGUUUGUGUUAGGCCCUGGUAAACACUGUCGUAGAACUACAACAUCGUUCUAUCAAGAUAUUGACUAUCUAGCGAGAGUUGGAAACUACAUUACCAGGAAUCAUGGCUUAUGUAACAUAGGCCAAUGGCACUCUCAUCAUAGGUUAAAUUUACCUAGACCGAGCGCUGGCGAUGAAGAUACAGUAUGGAAUAACAUGCCAAGUUUGGAAAUGGAACGAUAUGUUGUCUUCAUUGCAACAAUCAAGGAUUCAGGGAGAAGCAAAUUCAAGACGGCGCAUGUGAAUUGCUUUCUCUUUGAAAUUGAAAAUGGAAGGAAGCUUCCAGUUUUGGAAGGAGAAAUUUGUGCAAUUAAACAGAAAGGUUCUCCAUUACGUAUGUGCAGUGAGUUAACUGCCUUGGCUGAAUCGGGAUUGGAACACGACGAUAACACUGUCAGUGUAGUUAUAGAUAAUGUAUAG